AUGAGUAAAGAAGAGUUUAUGAAGAUACAGACAUGUGUUCUUAAAGUGAAUAUUCACUGUGAUGGUUGUAAGCAGAAAGUGAAGAAAAUCUUGCAGAAGAUUGAAGGUGUUUUUACGACAAAGAUAGACGCAGAGCAAGGGAAAGUGACAGUAUCUGGAAACGUAGACCCUUCGGUCCUGAUCAAGAAGCUCUUGAAAUCUGGUAAACAUGCCGAACUCUGGGGAGCUCCUAAGGGUAAUAACACCAAUCAGAACCAACCCAACUUGGCCAAUCAGCUCAAAGGCAUGCAGAUUGACCACGGCGGCAAAGGUGGUGGGGGUGGUGGAAACAAUAACAAAGGCCAGAAGGGAGGUGGUGGUGGAGGCGGAGGAGGUGGUGGUGGUGGUGGAGGCGGAGGAGGUGGUGGUGGGCCACCGAAGAUGAUUCUUCCACAGUUAACUCCACAACAGAUGCAGCAGCUAAAUCCUCAGCAACUUCAGCAGCUUCAACAGCUACAGCAGAUGAAAGCGUUCCAAGAUCUGAAGCUUCCUCCUCAGUUAAAAGGUCCAGGUCCAGGCCCUGGCUCUGUUCCGGCGAACAAGAACCCUCAGAAUCCUAAUCAGAAGGCUGUGAAGUUUGAUGUUCCUGAAGAUGAUGAUGACGAUUUCAGUGAUGACGAAUUUGAUGAUGAUGAGUUUGAUGAUGAUGACGAGUUUGAUGAUGAGUUGGACGAUGAUGAGUUUGACGACCACGCUCCUCCGCCUAACAAGAUGAAGCCUAUCAUGGGUGGUGGUGGAGGUAACAUGAUGAUGCCUAAUAACAUGAUGCCUAACAUGAUGAUGCCCAACGCUCACAAAAACGGCGGUGGUCCUGGACCUGCCGGUGGCAAACCCGGUGGUCCCCCUUUUCCUGUACAAAUGCCUGGCGGCGGAGGAGGUAACGGUGGUAAGAAGGGUGGUCCCGGUGGUGGUGGUGGCGGUAAUGUGGGGAAUCCAAAUCAAGGCGGAGGCAAGAACGGCGGUAAAAACGGUGGUGGUGGUGGACAUCCGUUAGAUGGAAAAAAUGGCGGAGGUGGUGGCGCUCCUAACGGUAAUAAUAAAGGAGGAGGAGGCCAGAUGAUUGGUGGUCCCAACGGAGGCAAAAAGGGUGGUGCUGGAGAAGGACUCAUGAGUGGAGGACUCCCGCCGGGUUUCCGUCCAAUGGGAGGCGGCAAUGGCGGAGGACCUCCCAUGAUGAAUAUGCAAAUGGGUGGUCAAAUAGGUAAUCUACCAUCUAUGGGUGGUGGUCCUGGUCCAAUGGGUAAUAAUAUGCAGGCCGUUCAGGGAUUACCCGCAAUGGGUCCAGGAGGUGGAGGUGGUGGCUCAGCCGCAGGAGCCCCGCCAGGAUAUUUCCAAGGCCAUGGUGGCGCUGGAGGUGGCCAAGACUCAAUGCCGGGAAAUCCCUAUUUACAACAGCAGCAACAGCAACAACAACAACAAUACUUAGCGGCGGUUAUGAACCAGCAAAGAGCCAUGGGCAAUGAGCGGUUCCAACCGAUGAUGUACGCUCGACCACCACCCGAUGUCAACUAUUUGCCACCUCCACCGCACCAACAACAUCCUUACCCGUACCCGUAUCCAUACCCUUAUCCUCCCCAUGGCGGUGAUCAGUAUUCUCAUUAUUUCAAUGAUGAGAACACAUCAAGUUGCAAUAUUAUGUGAGCAAACAAAAUAAUAUCAAAACUUGCCAUGGUUUGUGUAUCCUUUGUGAUUAUACCUGGAAAUGGGGUUUUUUUUACUUAAUUAUUGGGGAUUCUUAGAAUCCUUCUCUUCGUUUUUACUCCAACGGAUCCAAUCCUAUGUUAUAUUAGGAUUUUUUUAUUGUGAUAGUUCUUAAGUAAUUUAUAGAAUCAUAAUAUAAAAUCAAACGAAUAUUUAUAUUGUAGUUCUUGUUUUUUUUUUUUCUCUGGGUGCUUGCAUUCUUAAUGAGAUCCUAGUGUUCAUAGUUGUCUAUUUCAGAAAAUAAAAAUGAGCUUACUUUUUUUACAAAAUUCUAUGACUCAUGGUUUUUGUCACUCUUAUAAAAAAUAUACUCAAUUGCAGUGAACAAGUUUGGUAGAUACUAGAUACCAAACCCCUUCUGAAAUUAAAAUAUGGGUAGUUAGUGAUAUUGACACUUUUGAUUCAGUACACUCUUCUAUUUUUUUUUUUUUUUUAAUGUUUGUUUGUUUUCCUUUUCAAACUUGGCAAAAAUAAUGGAGUAAUGGAAUUGGAACCGUGUCCCACCCACUAUUAUUUUAGAUCAUUUUGUCCAUUUGUUUUAGCUUUAAUCUUUCGCUUUUAUUAUUAGGUUUGAAUAUAUUUAUAAAGGAUAAAGAAUAUUAAAGUAAAAUAUUGAAACGCUGAAUGUGAGGA